AUGCCGCCGCCGCCGGCGCGCCGCACCCUCGGUGGCAACGCCUCGGCCCCGCUGACCAGCCUCCCGGACGACCUCGUCGAGGAGAUCUUCCUCCGCCUGCCCACGGCCACCGACCUCGCCCGCGCAUCCAUGGCCUGUGCCUCCUUCCGCCGCAUCAUCGCCGGCCACUUUUUCCUCCGCCGCUUCCGCGCCCUCCACCGGCCGCCUCUCGUGGGCGUACUCGCGUACGACUCAGCCGAGCGGAAGAGCCUCUCGGUCGCCUUCCUCCCGGCCCAGCCGCCCCACCCCUCCGCUGCCGCGGCCGCCCUCACCCUCGCGGCCGCCGACUUCUCCUGCUCAUUCCUACCCUCCCCGGAGCUCUGGAGUACCCGUGACUUCCGCGACGGCCGCGCCCUCCUCUCCAAGCAGGGGGAUUCGCUGGCCAACCUCGCCGUAUGCGACCCGCUGCACCGGCGCUACCUCCUGCUACCUGCCAUCCCCCACGACCUAGCUGUUCUAGCCAGGCAGCUGAAGCUCAUGCAUUGUGGACCCUUCCUUGCUCCUGCUGGCGAGAACGAGGGUGACAGUGCCAACGCUCCCUCGGGCUUCAGAGUCAUGUGCUUGCGCAUGUCCUCAACCAAGCUAGUCCUCUUUGUCUUCUAUUCGUCGGGUGCCCGUGCCGGCCAAUGGCACACUGUCACAUUUGAUGGUUGGAGCGCCUUGAUCGCACGAUAUGUCAGCGCGUGUUUCUUCCCGGGCACUGUGCCACUGCCCAUACGUCGCCAUUAUGCGCACGGAUGCUUCUAUUGGGAGAUACCUUAUACCCGCAAGUUGCUCGUGUUGGACACGCUCAUGGAGUUCUCUUCUCUCAGCCCCCUACUCGGUCGUUAUCAGAGGGUCUUUGUGGAGGCAAGGGAAGGAAGGCUUGGGAUGAUUAGUCAUGGUAUUAAUGGAGAUCGCCUCUUGUAUGACAUUUUGCGAGAUAAUGAGGAUGGCACAAAACAAUGGCAAAUGGAGGACGUAAUUCCGGUGCCCCAUUAUUAUGGGCUGAUUUCAGAUCAGCACACAAGCACAUGCAGAGCCCAGCAGCUCUGUAGAGGCCAGCUGGCUGCCGCCGCGCCGUGA